AUGGCAGUUUCAGUUAUUAUCAUAGCAAUAGGUACUUCAGGGCAAAUGUUUGCUUUUUCUGCUUUGAGAGGAUUGAGAUUCUUGCAGAUUUUACGACUUGUGAGAGUCGAUAGAAGAGGAGGCACCUGGAAACUAUUAGGCUCAGUUGUAUGGGCCCAUAGACAGGAGUUGAUCACAACAUGGUACAUUGGUUUCUUAAGUCUUAGCGUUUUAUCCUUUCUAGUAUACAAUGCAGAGAUGGAAAAAAAUAAAGAGGAUUUUGAAACUUUUGCUGAUGCAAUGUGGUGGGGAUUGGUCACCUUGACAACUGUAGGCUAUGGUGAUAAGGUCCCUGUGACAUGGGUUGGAAAAUUAGUGGCUGCAGUGUUUGCUAUAGUUGGUAUUUCGUUCUUUGCACUGCCAGCUGGUAUACUAGGUUCAGGCUUUGCCCUUAAGGUUCAACAACAGCAACGUCAAAAACAUUUCUUACGAAGACGCCAUCCAGCAGCUGAGCUCAUACAGGGUAUUCUAGGUUCAGGAUUUGCCCUUAAAGUGCAACAACAACAAAGGCAAAAACAUUUCUUACGAAGACGCCAUCCAGCAGCUCAACUUAUCCAGUGUGUGUGGCGUUGCUAUGCAGCAGAUCCAUGUUCUAUGUCCGUAGCAACAUGGAAACCUCAUUUAAGACCAGUUAACAGCCCUACUACAAAUAGGACGAACCCCAGCCUAAUAUCACGUCUUUCAACAAAAAGAAAAAUUGGAAGUCCAAUGGUUAGAAGGCACAAUCCAUUGAACCAGCAUGAUGCUUUGAAAAAAUCACAUAGCCAUGAUCUAGAUGUAGGGGAUAGUCUGAAUAAAAGUUCACUUAGUCUUCAUGAUGGUAAUGGCCCAUUAUCACGAAAUCAGGAUUCGCUUUAUUCUCCAAAAAACAGAGAUGAUGAUAGCAUUAAAGAAGACGAACCAGUAGUACCAGAGCCGCAGACAACUGAAUGGUUUGUGACACAGAAUAUAGCUGCACUCAAAAGAUUACUUGAUGAUGAUGAAACAAUGGGACUGACCAGACUUACAGAACCUCAUAAAAAUGCUGUACGUGCAAUCAGAAAAAUUAAAUAUUUUGUUGCUCGAAGAAAAUUUAAGGAAGCUUUCCGACCAUAUGAUGUAAAAGACGUUAUAGAGCAAUAUUCAGCAGGAGCAGCUGAAAUGCAGUUUAGGAUGAAAGCGAUACAGGCUAGGCUAGAUGAAAUUCUUGGAAAAACUGAAGGAAAGAAUGGAAUCGAGUUGUAUAAUACAAAGGUUCCUAUGAUCACCAGGGUUAUAAAAGUUGAGAAAAAGGUCAAUAUGAUUGAUCGAAAAUUAGAUAUGUUGAUUGAACUCUACAGAGAAGAAAGGCAAGAAAAAAUGAAAGCGUUACAACAAAAUAAACAUGAACAUGAUGAUCAGAAUGAUAGUGACAAAGACACUAAAGAUCCCCCAUCACGGAUUAGGCGGCAUGGAAGAGCCAGAAAGUUGUCACGGGUAAAAUCAGAGGGGCAUGGGGCACAUGUUGAUACCCAUGAAAAGUCUGAACGCAGAGUUGAAUUCAGAAAACUCUCUGAUUCACAACCGAGUAUUCCAUCGUCUUUAAAUUUAGAUGCACCAGAUGCAACAACUGUUACAGUAUCCACAGCACUUUCACAACCAUCAAUCACUACUACUACUGAAAGUGAACAAGGCCUGCAGCUCGCAAAUGCCAAAGGUGUUGGUAGGGGACAAAAUAUUCCUGAUUAUGACAGUGCAAUAGACGAUACUAGAGUUUAG